AUGCUUGCCACUGAGAUCCUAAACAACCUUGCUAAAUUCCCGCAUUGCAUCCUCCUGACCCGUGUCGGUCAGUUUUAUGAGUCCUACUUCGACCAAGCAAUCGAAGUCGCUCGUCUUUUGAACAUCAAGCUGACCUCUCGUGUUUGGGACAAACAAUCUAUCGCCAUGUGCGGUUUCCCACUGAUGCAUCUGGACAAGUAUAUCAAGGUUCUCGUCCAACAAAAUAAACGGUUCGUCGCGAUGUGCGAAGAGUUUCCUCGGUAUUCUGUGUCCGGCCAGAAACCCGAAUUCGACAGACGAGUGGUGCGCGUGAUUACCCCUGGGACACUCAUUGAUGAGCCGUUCAUUAACCAGUACGAGAACAACUAUCUCUUGUCCAUCAGCGCCGAUGGUGCAAUGGAAGAAAUGGACGGAACCUCUCCCGUGGGAUUAGCUUGGAUCGACGUUUCUACGGGUGAAUUCUUUGCAAAGACGUCAUCUCAGGAGGCUUUAAAGGACGACCUGGCGAGGAUAAGCCCGCGAGAAGUUGUCCUAGAAGAUACACUCCAAGGAAACUUUUCACAUCCCAUUCAACAGCUGCUUGUGGAUGAAGGCUGCUUUGUGUCGUACGCUACGCCCUCUCAAGAAAACUUGGUGAAAGAUUCGCCCGAGAUGGCUGUGACUCCAGAUGACCUCAACAAACUGGAGGGAGACUUGACAUCUGUCCCUUCUGCGUAUUCUCCUGAGGAGACAUCUGCUAUCAAAAUUCUUACCAACUUUCUGCACGCUAAUUUACUGGAGCAUAUGCCACGCCUUUCAAUGCCAAGCCGCGAAGGCAACGUUGAGCGCAUGCAAAUCGACUCUCACACUAUCAAGGCACUUGAACUCAGGGAAAGCACGCGAGAAGGUGGUACGACAGGUAGCUUGCUUAGUGUCGUCAAAAGGACUGUAACACGCAGCGGAACGCGUCUGCUGGCGCGAUGGUUGUGUUCACCAAGCACCUCGGUCAAACAAAUACAAGCUCGACAGUCAUUAGUGGCCUUCUUUCACGCCAGGCCACAUUUACUCUGCGACGUCAGGCAGUUCUUGGAUGAAGUCGAAGACACGACUCGGAUCGUUCAGAGGUUCCUUCUUGGGCGAGGUGAUCCUGGCGAUUUGGUUUCGAUCAGCAGAACGAUUAACGUUUGGAGUGCAAUUCGCAAGCGCCUGGAACUCGAGAAGCAAAUGGAAAGCUUGGAACAAGGCUUUCUGCUUUCGGAAGACUGGUCAAGUGUCGAUGCUCUUUUAACUAGAAUGGCAGAUCUGCAAGACCUUGAGAGUCGAAUCAAUUUGGCCUUGCAAAGCAUUGAAACUGCAGACGAGUCGAAAGAUGAAGAGGACGCAGAUAGCUCUGCGCCUGCAGAUGCAGAGGAGCCCAGCAAAAUUGAUUCCAAGUUCGAUAUGCUCUCUAAGUGCUCCAUUCGGCCAGAAUUUUCUGCGCAACUGGCAUCUCUGCACACCAUCCUCGUCGAUUUACUAGAGCAAAGAAGGAAAAUGGAACGUCAACUUCAAGUAGACUAUGAAGCACCUUCUCUGACCUUGCGUACUUCUCCUGCACAAGGAAUGCAUGUCCACAUCGGUCGCUUACGAAGAGACCAGACUAAUGUGAAGGCAUCUCCGCUGUUCAUUAAUAUAUCGGAGAGUGGUUCGACAAGCUCCUAUUUUUACCAGCCAUGGUCGUCUCUAGGCAAUCAGUUGGUUGAAACUGUGACGGCGAUCACGAACGCUGAAAAGGAAGCUUUCAGCCUGCUACGCAAUGAGGUCAAAGCUUUUGCGAUCGAUCUUCGAAGAAAUGCGCGGAUAAUGGACGAAUUGGACGUUACCCUCGGAUUUGCGAGCCUUGCAGCUGAAAUGCGGUUCACGAGGCCCGUUAUCACUGAUGAUACGACAUACGAGGUGACCAAUGGACGACAUCCAACUGUAGAACUUGGCCUGCUCACUUCAGGCCGGGUCUUUACCCCGAACUCCGUGGCACUGGAAAGUGCCUCCCGGCUUCACAUAAUCACAGGCCCAAACAUGGCAGGGAAAUCAACAUUCCUGCGGCAAGCAGCUUUGAUUGCUAUACUUGCUCAGACUGGUUCCUUUGUACCCGCGGACCACGCUAUCAUCGGAGUUGUAGACAAACUAUUUUCCAGAGUAGGGGCCAAGGAUGAUCUCUUUCGUGACAGAAGUACUUUCAUGGUGGAGAUGCUCGAAACGGCUGAAAUUCUGCGUCGGGCGACUUCGAAGAGCUUGGUCAUCAUGGAUGAAGUGGGUCGUGGAACCACAGUCAAAGAUGGUCUAGCAAUAGCAUUUGCUGCCGUCCAUCAUCUCGUGACCCAGAAUCAGUGUCGAGCCUUAUUUGCUACUCAUUUUCAUGAACUUGCAGAUAUGCUCGGUUACUCUGACAAUCACCGUGGCGGCGGCGUCUUCCAGGAAGUCGGGUUCUUUUGUACAGAUGUUGAUGAGACAGACGACAACCAUUUUGCCUACUCCCACCGUCUGCGGCCAGGCGUGAAUCGAGAUAGUCAUGGCCUCAAGGUUGCUCAACUGGCAGGCAUGCCAGAAUCCGCUGUCCUUCUUGCCAAGCAAGCUUUGGAUGCACUCAAAGGGCAGGAUCACAUCGGUUCUCAACAACUUUUUGCCCUAGGACAAUCUUUAACGAGCUAA